CCUGGCGUGACAGCCGCACCGGGCCACCGUCGUCGUUGCGUCCUCCGGCGAAGUGUCACCGCGAACCGGCCGCCACGCACACCGAGAGCCGCCACCAUGGACUUCAACGUGAAGAAGCUGGCCUCCGGAGCGGGGCUGUUCUUCACCCGGGCCGUGCAGUUCACAGAGGAGAAGCUGGGCCAGGCGGAGAAGACGGAGCUGGACGCUCACUUCGAGAACCUGAUGAGCCGUGCAGACUGCACCAAGCUGUGGACGGAGAAAAUCUUCAGACAGACUGAAGUCCUGCUGCAGCCCAACCCAAUUGACCACACUGGCGCCAGAAUCGAGGAGUUCCUGUACGAGAAGCUGGACAUGAAGGCUCCGUCCAGGGCGACCAACGGGGAGCUGCUGGGUCAGUACAUGCAGGACGCGGGGAAGGAGCUGGGAGCCGGGACGCCGUACGGAAACACGCUGAUGAUCGUGGGUGAGUGUGAGAGCAGGUUGGGGGCGGCAGAGAGGGAGUUCCUCCAGACGUCGGCCAUCAGCUUCCUCGCCCCCCUCAGGAACUUUCUGGAAGGAGACUGGAGGACCAUUUCUAAAGAGCGGCGCCUGCUCGAGAAUCUGCGUCUGGACCUGGACGCCUGUAAAGCUCGCGUGAAGAAGGCGAAGGCGGCCGAGGCCAAAGCUGCGUGCGAUGGCGAAGCGGCUCCGGAUUUUCAGGACACCAGACCCCGAAACUACGUGCUGUCUGCCAGCGCCUCUGCGCUCUGGACUGAGGAAGUGGAAAAAGCUGAACACGAGCUCCGAGUGGCCCAAACGGAGUUCGAUCGGCAGGCAGAGGUCACACGACUGCUUCUGGAGGGCAUCAGCAGUACACAUGUGAACCACCUCCGCUGCCUGCACGAGUUUGUGGAGGCACAAGCGGCUUUUUACAAGCACUGUCAUCACCACAUGCAGGAACUACAGAAGGAGCUGUCAAGGUUUCCCAAUGCCUUCACUCUGAACGCCGCCAACGCCGCCGUGUCCACGGCCUCGGCCUCAGAAGGGGCCGGCAGCCCCACCGAGGCCGACACGCUGAAGAUCGAGGAAGUUCAAGCUCCGGCUACCGGAACCCGCAAGGCCAAAGUCCUCUACGAUUACGACGCUGCCGACUCCAGCGAGCUCUCGCUGCUGGCAGACGAGCUCAUCACGGUUUACACGGUGCCGGGAAUGGACUCGGACUGGCUGAUUGGAGAGCGAGGAAACCAGAAAGGAAAAGUGCCUGUCACAUACCUGGAGCUCCUCAGCUAGACUAAACACACACGCAAACGAAACGUACGUGUGUGUGUGUGUGUGUGUGUGUGUGUGUGUGUGUGUGUCUGAGCUGCCAUUACUGAAGAAUUUUUGCUUUAAUUUUGCACGUAUGACACUAAACUUCAGUAACACACACACACACCCUAGGUAGUGCUUCUCUGAUGUGUAUCUUCACGCUGCGCUGACAGCAGCUGAACUGGAAACGUUACAGUAAGCCCAGGAAACUCCCUCCAGACGGACGACUGACAUUCCUCUCAUUUUAUUUUGACGUUUUUGUUGUAUUUAUUGCCGUGCAUCCCAAAGGUACGCUGUCCUGCCUCAGUCACAAGGACUUCCUUGAUUUCUUCUUAUGUCUAAGUGUCUUUUGUGUCUUUUUAACCCUUUGUUCAUCGGCUCAACACUGAAAUGCGGUUAUUUAAAGAGAACUGAAAUAAGAAUUAAGAAGUGUGUGGAUGUGUUUCCAAAUGAAGACAUUUUCAAGGCAGCUGUGCUGACACAACAGACACACACUCACGUGUCCUUCGACCUGGUGACUUCAUGUCCCCGAAGAAGAAGCGAAAGCUAACGUUGACGUAAUCAUUAAUGGGAGGGAAAAAAAACAAAACACCAAAGCCACUAAGUUUCUGAACUGUAUGAACAUGAUCACGUUUUUCUUUUUUUUUGGUCCCAAGCUUGAAACAUUAGAUAAAAAGUGAACAAGCCUUGGCUUCAGCUCACAACGCGCGCAUGUGUGAUGUGUCUGAUGUUGUUGAAAUGUGCAACGCAGACUUGCCGUCUGUAAACAUGCCAUGCGUAUUUAAGCACGCACAUUCAGAAGAUAUCACACAGGCACACGUUUGCCUACCCACAGAAAAAUCGGCGUACAUCGGGGGUGUCAAACCUGUGGCCCGUGGACCAAACCGGCCUACUAGAUAAUCUUAAAUGGCGUUCCCAUCAUUCAGUUUCUGCAGGGAAAACUAAACGUGAAGUUACCACAGAGCAUUCAUUUCAGUUUGUGUGAGCUUAUGCUAUUAGUUAUCCUGGAUGUAAUCAUUUUAAAGUUAUCAUAACUCAUCCUGGUAAGUUUACUAAACUUUAAAAAAAAAAAACGUGGGAACUCGUUUCCUUACAAAAAUUGAUUGAACUUAUUUGAUUUUACAGAGCAUGAAAGCUAUGGCUACCUUUCUGCAAUGCUGUCAGGGUGAGUUUGUAAAAACACCCAUAAUGCAACAGCUAUAGGAGGAGGUUUAUUGACGUUUUAACUGUAUUUUGCACCAGGAGGUUUUAUUGGAAUUGGCUUUAAGUUGCGGUUGUAGUCAUUUUGGGAAUUGGUUUUGGAAUGUCGACAUUUUCAUCACAACAAAGAAAAAGUUUCAGGUUAAAGGUUAUUACAGCUCUGUUUUACAGGAUUUCCCCUCUGGAGAGGAAAUUGAGCUGAAUGUGUUUGACACCCCUGGUUUACACACUCUUAAAUGUCAUCCCACACUCACACACACUCAAAUCCUUCUGCUACCAUUUCAGUCCCACAGUUUAUGGAGAGUGGAGAAGUGAAAUCAAAAGCUGAUGAAAUGAUUUGUGUGCUAAAAUUUGCACAAAUUGUUAAUUUCCUUUUUCGCACCUCAAAAAGUAUGUAUAUAUGCAUUCGCAUACGCAAGAGGAGGAUUUUCAAAAGAAGCAAAUAAUCUUGGAUGGAUUUCCAUCUUUGUGGUAAAUUCUGCCUUAACACAGCUCAUUGAAGUGAAUGUUUGAAUUGAACACCGCACUGCUUUUUUAACACUCCAGACCGCCCCGUCCCGACCUGCCUUAAGAGUAUCUGCUUCACACCAGAGAAUGUGCUGUUCACACGCCGCGCACAGACCUUUCACAGCAGCCGGCAUGCGUUGCCCCCACCACUGACCGCGUGGUUUAACCACCCCCCCCCGUUGGAGACGUGUCCUCAGUCUCUGUGCUGCAUGAGCUCCGGCCAGCAGCUUGUCCUGCUGGACCUGUUUGUCUUUCUGUCCGUGUGUUUGUUUACGGUGCAGCAGCCUGUCCGUGUGAGAUCAGAUCACGUCUGUACGAAGAAAGACUAUCGUGCUCGCUCUCACCUCCAGUGUGUGUGUGUGUGUGUGUGCAUGCAUGUGUUGAGUUUGUGAAGUGAGCACAUUUUAUACACCUGUCGCAAGAAAAAAAUGGAAUGGUGCCUGAUUAUCUGGUCAGAACGUUUGAAUCAUCCCCACUCGCAGCAAUAAGGAAGCCUGCAUGUUCAGGCCAGUUAAAGAAAAGUGAAGAAGAAAACUUCAGCUACUUUUGCAAUAAAUCUUCAAGUAAUUUCCAGGAUUUUUUUUUUUCUGUCAUGCAAUUAUUUGUCAACAGGCUUUUAUUUGUGCUCAUUUCACAAAUUUAAGAUUUUUGUUUUCCCCUUGAAAAUGUUUUUCACUGCAGUUUUUGUGCGUCUGUUUUACCUCAUUGUGUAAGUUAUUAUUAUUGGUAUUAUUAUGGUUUUUAUCUGAUUAUGUUGUUGCCUGUUCCCUGCUGAAUGAACGAAAACAAUUGAUUUAAUAAAAACUCA